AUGAUUAAUACUCAUAAAGUUGGACUAGUUGGUCUUCUCGAGACGAGAGUUAAGGCCCACAAGCUUGGUGCCUUAUAUGUAAAUAUGUUUCGUGGAUGGUGUUUUACAUCGAAUAAUGCAUGGCAUGAUGGAGGAAGAAUAUUGGUGGCUUGGAAUCCUUCUUGUUUCAUUGUAAGUGUUCUCAUGUGUACUAGUCAACUUAUCCAUCUAUUUGUCACAACUCUAGAUGGUAAGUGUCGAUUUUUUAUUGCAUAUGUUUAUGCUUUCUAUGAUGUGGAAGGGAGAAAGGUUCUUUGGACAGAUUUGAAACGAAUUGCAACAAAUGAGGCAUGGGUGAUACUAGGUGAUUUCAAUGAGACUUUAAGCAAGGAAGAAAGGAUAGGGAAAAAGGUGAAAUAUAGUGAAGCUACUGAUUUUAUUGAGUGUGUUAAUGGCUGUCAGUUGGAGGACAUUAAGUUCAGAGGUAGUUAUUUUACAUGGAGCAACAAAAGACAAGGAAAUGAAAGAAUAUGGUCUAAGAUAGAUCGAGUGCUUGCUAACAAGAAGUGGAUGGAUCUUUAUCCGAACGCUGAAGCUGUCUUUAUGGUGGAAGAUUGUUGGAAGUCUUCUGUUGCUGGCACUAAAAUGUUCCAGCUUGUUUACAAGCUGAGAAUGUUAAAGGCUGAAUUGAAAGAGCUGAAUAGAAGAGAGUUCUCCAACAUUCAAGAGGCAACUACUCAAGCUAAAGAGGAUUUAGUAGAGAUUCAAACAAAAAUUCAGGCAGAUCCACUUCAACACGGGCUGCUUGAACAAGAAAUGGCAGCAAGGAAAAAACAUAGUCUUCUGCUUAAGGAGCUCUCUUCCUUCUUACAGCAGAAGUCCAAAGAUAACUGGGACAUAGUUGGGGAUGAUGUUACUGAAGUAGUAUUAUCAUUCAUACACUCUGGGAAGAUUUUGAAAGAAAUUAAUGCAACUGUGCUAACACUAGUCCCUAAAAGUAAGUGUCCGAACACAGUAAGAGACUUCAGGGCAAUUGCGUGUUUUAAUGUUAUUUACAAAGCUGCAACCAAGUUGCUGUGCUCUCGGCUCAAGGCUCUUCUCCCAGAUCUGGUUGCACAGAAUCAAGGAGGCUUUGUCUCAGGCCGUUUCAUCACUCACAACAUUAUGAUAUGCCAGGAUUUAAUUAGACAUUAUGGAAGAAAAACAGCUCGGCCAGGGUGUAUGGUUAAGCUAGAUUUACAGAAAGCUUAUGACACAUUUGAAUGGGAUUUUUUAGAAGAGAUUAUGCAAGCUUUUCAAUUUCCUAGGGAGUUCAUUAAACUGGUCAUGACCUGUGUACGCACUCCUCGGUUCUCGUUGAUGUUUAACGGAUCUCUUCAUGGCUUCUUUGAUGGAAAACGAGGUCUUCGACAAGGUGAUCCAAUGUCUCCACUCCUAUUUGUUCUUGGAAUGGAGUACUUGUCAAGAAUAAUGAUUCGAAUUGGAACCAAGCCAGAAUUUCAUUAUCAUGAUCGAUGCAAGGAACUAAAGAUGAAUCACUUAAUGUUUGCCGAUGAUGUAAUCCUAUUUUGCCACGGAGACUUCAAAAGCAUUCAUUACUUGCUUCAAGGAUUGAAACUAUUUUCUUGUACAUUAGGGCUGCAACCGAACCCUGAUAAGUCGGCCUUUUACUGCUGUGGAAUGGAAGAAAGCGAGGUGCAAAGGAUCAUAGACAGAUCAGGUUUUUCUAAAAAAGCAGUACCAUUUAAAUACUUAGGCAUUCCUAUUUGUGCCAAACGUAUUUCUGGUAAAGAGUGUGCUGUGUUAGCUGAAAAAAUGACAGCAAGAAUUAAAAUAUGGAGUUCAAGGAACUUGUCCCUAGCAGGUAGAGCGGUGCUAGUAAACUCUGUUUUGAUGUCUAUCCAUUCUUAUUGGAGUCAAAUUAUGAUUCUUUCCAAGAAGAUCAUAAAAGACAUUGAGCAGAUUUGUAGAGCCUAUCUCUGGAGGGGCCAUCUUACAACAACAGGGCCUGGAUUAAUAGCUUGGGACAGUGUGUGUCAGCCGAAGGCAGCAGAAGGCAUUGGACUCAAAAAAAUAGCAGAAUGGAACUUGGCGGCUUUGACAAAAUAUGUUUGGGCAAUUGCAAACAAGGAAGACAAUUUGUGGAUUAAGUGGAUACAUUGUGUAUAUAUAAAAGGGGAGGAUUGGUGGGACUACCAAGCCCCACAACAAGCGAGCUGGUAUUGGAAAAAACUGAUUAAAACAUGGUUGCAUUGGAAGAUUGAAUCGAUGGACCUGGACGCAAUAAUGAGGUGGAUUGAAAGAUCAAAAGCUGACAGAUUUCGGAAGAGUUUUUGGUUUACUGUGAUUGCUUGA